AUGCAGUGUGUGGGGGGGGCAGUGUCCGGCCUCAGCUGGUCCCUGCUCUGCGGGGGGUCUCUCCUCCUGUGGCGUCAGACCCGGACCCGGACGGCUUACGGCCGCUACGUGUCCGCGGAGAGCCGCUGCUGCCCGGCCGCGCUGGGCUGGUUCCUGCAGGAGCUUCCGUCCUUCCUGCUGCCGGUGCUGCUGCUGCUGCUGCCCGGGGAACCAGGUCCCGGGGAUCCAGGACCCGGACCCGGGGAUCCAGGACCCGGACCCGGAAGGACGCUGCUGCUCUGCACCUUCACGUUACAUUACUUCCACAGGAGUUUUAUUUACGCCUUCCUGACCAGGGGCCGGCCCGUCCCCCUGGAAACAAUCGUCUGUGCCGCCAUCUUCUGCUCGCUCAAUGGCUUCCUGCAGGGACACCACCUGCUGCACUGCGCCCGCUUCGAUGACACGUGGCCGACCAACGCUCGCCUGGCGGCAGGUUUCUUUCUGUUUGUCGUUGGUCUGAGCAUCAACAUCCACAGCGACCACAUCCUGCGCAGCCUCAGGAAACCUGGAGAGGUCGUGUACAGGAUCCCACGCGGGGGCAUGUUUGAGUUCGUGUCUGGGGCGAACUUCUUUGGCGAGAUCGUGGAGUGGUGUGGUUACGCUGUGGCCGGCUGGUCUCUACCAACCUUCGCCUUUGCGUUCUUCACGUUGUGCUCCAUCGGGCCUCGAGCGUUCCACCACCACAGAGACUACCAGCGGAGGUUCGAGGACUACCCUCGCUGCAGGAAAGCUCUGAUCCCGUUCCUGCUGUGAUGACGGUGGAAAGUGAAACAUCUCAGCUGAGCUGCACAGACACAAA